AGAAAAACCCAUUUCCUCCUUCUUUCUAUUCCAGGCUUCGUUCCUUUUUCCAAAGACUCGCCUCUCGGGAGCACAGAGAGAUCCAUGUGCACAAAGUGCUCGUCCAACCUGCAGCCAUUGAGGCAUGCUCUGGCCUCAGCCCCCAAGAACAGGCCUUGCCAGAGAAGCCCCAAGGAAGAAAAUGCUCAUGGACCAUCAUGAAAAGACUCUGUGUCUGUUGCCAAUCCCACAACUCGAUGGCAGAGAGCAGUGAGGAGAGAACAGCUUCCUCUCCAAGAAGGUGGACACACUUGUCCCUGAAGAAGAAAGCAGCGGAGACCCAGGUGGAGGGAGAGGAGGUGAAGCUGCAGGAGACGACAGACAAAGUCGAAGUGGAUCUUACAGGGACGAAGAAGGAGCCGUCUGACACGAAGGGGAAGUGGGAAAAAGGAAGCCCAGAAGAGCAGGAAGAAGAGCGCACUCCCAGCCCCUCAUUAACAAGCAGCUCCCAUAUGACGAUGACCCCCAGGGAGCACCCUUCCUCAGCCCCGCUCCAUGCCCUGCUGAUGGCAGCCGUGAAGGGUCUGACAACACCCACCCUGCAGAGAUUUAGAGCCGCAGAGGAAGAGCUGAGGGCCAUCGUAUCUCUCCACGGAGACAAGAUGGAGAGAGUUGGAGACGUCGUGGGAGGGAUCUUAAUCUGGCUCGACAACAGCUGUGAUCCCAGAGCCAGAAGAGCAGUGCUCAGGGCCAUGGCCUUGCUGGCUCGCUCCCACCCCCAGGACGUGGUUCUAACCUGUGUGGCUCACACGCUCUCAUCGCACAGGUAGGGAGCUGCUUUGUUAUCUCCUCAGUCCAGUAGUUCUCUUCCUGCUCCUACUGACAGGCCACAGGCCGGGAGGGGUCCGUGGGGCUCACACAGUUGGAGGGAGUUUCCUGCUGUGCAGAGAGCUGUCCACGCUUACGAAGAGGAGAUGGCCAGGCCCAGCCACUGAGGAGCCAACCCCUCCUCCUACACUCCCCGGGAUGGAGACAUGCCACUUUUCUGGAGAAUUCCAACAUUGUCCUGAUUUCUAUGGGUCACCCCACUUCCUCUCAGAUCCAGUACAGGGCCAAUCAAUGAUUUGGGGGCUCACUCAACAUCCCUGGCUCAUGAGGUCUGGCUGCUCCUUACUGCAGGAGAGAAGGCAGAGAUGGAAAAGGCCCAUGAGGCCCAUCUGUCUAUCCCCUGGAGACCAGUGCAGGAUUCUUACCUGUCGUCAGACCCCCCAGUUAUUCCAUGGCUGAGGAAUUGGUGACAAAAUGCACUCAUCCUUAUGGAGCGGUGGGGCAGAGGUCAAUCUCUUAAGACAGACAUUUCCAGCCCUUAUUGAUCCAAAAGAAAAUAAAAUCAAAUCAACAAAAAAAUCAUCCCCACAUGACCAGAUCCUAAAUGCAGUGCAGCAAGCAGACAGCCAGCAUUAAUAGCUCUGAGAAGGGGGAGUGCCUCUUUCCACCUCAAUAGAUUGUUAACUUUCAGUCCUGCUGGUUAUUGCUGAUCACUUGGAAGGGUCAGCCAGCUGAGGGGUUUGUAACACAACCCCCAUGUGCCUCGGGGCCAUGAAACCCAACUGAACCCUAGCCAGAGGUCAAAAGUCCAGCUUUCCUUGGCAUCUUCUGCAAUGCAGUUCUGCACAGACCUGAGAGAAAUUUGUGUCACACUGCAGAGCAAAUUGAAGAGCGGCAGGAAAGAAAUGGAACUUCUUACCCAAUUCAGUUAUCAGAGGAAUACAGUGUUGGUUUUCAGAUUUCUUUGAGUGUUUGAUUUGUAAACCUUUCUGAAUUUCAGAAUCAGGUCUGAAUUUCUUGGAACAGCCACAGUGCUUUCCAGGGGCUGUGCUCAGAAGUUACAGAAACUCGGCAGCAUUGGCACAGAAGUUCAGUCAAGCUUCCGGAAGACCUUGCUUCCAGGCCAUUUGCCCUUGAGUUGUCCAACCUAGGUCUCAAUGUCCUAGGGCUUCACCACCACGUCCGACCUUCCUCACCAAACUUGGAAGUCAAAUGACUGGAAGUCUUUUGGAUCCAUCUGCAGUCUUCCUCUGCAGAUGCCUGUGGGGACAAGCAGGACUUAGAUCCGCAAGAAUGGAGGAGGGGGAUUUCAGUCCUACUUUCCUUCCAUCUCUGUCACAUGGGGCUUUACAAUCUCCUCUUCCAAGCUCUUGAAUCUUCUCAGAUCAGGGCAUGUGCUGACUCACUCUCUGACCCUGUCCACCACACUGCAGUAGAAUUGAGCUGCUAAGAGACACUUGGCCAAACGCUGGGUCUCCGUUAUAGCCCCAAACAGCCAGAGGAACUCCAAUGAUGUCAGGCAAGUUUCUCGGGACUGACCCAAGUGUAACAGAGCAGAAUUUUGCAGUCUGCGGGUCACAGUUUGGUGGUCAUUCUGUGGUCAGUACAUGGUCACUGUCUUGGAAAGAGUGGGUUAGCUUUAGAAACAAGAACCCAUUCGGGGAAAGGAAUAAAUACAACUUUCUCUGAAGGGACUUGCCCUGCCUUAGCCUCCCUGCACCAGUGGCUGUCUCCUCUGGUAUUCCAAGCCUCUCCCUGGGGAGGGCAAGAGAUGGCCAAGCAGGAAAGCUCUGACGUGUGUUUCUGAAUUUGCAGAUGUGCCAUUGAGUUGUGGAAGGCCUUGGGUGAAGAACCACAGCUCACCAGGGAGGUGCUGCAGCAGCUGCUGGACAAGCUCCAGCAGAGACGCCAGGAGGAGAAGAGCAGCCAUGUGUCUCUGGCUGCAAUGAAGACCAUUUAUGAGCUCCUUUUCCUACGGGGAUACCGAGAAGCCAUCCUGCAAAUGUAUCCCCAGCUGCUCAUUCUCUGCGUCAGGCAAGUGCAGUACGUGAUGGAUCAGCACUUGCCAGGGACCUACAUGGCCAGGCAGACAUCCAGCCCCGAGGAGGGAUGCAGCUGCCUCAGUCUCCUAAGCACCUCAGUGGAGGCUGUGAAGACGCUUUUCUCCAUGCCCGGCUACUGGAAGGAAUUUGCCAGCAUCCAGUUUCAUCGGGGUUGGGACAUGAUAGCCUCCCGAUAUCACUACUCGCAGGGGGUUGGCCUGAUUGCAAGAGCCAUGAUCGAGUUUGAGAACCCUCAGCUCCCUGCAGUUUUCAGAGAGGCAAUCACCAUCGUCCAGAGUGGGAAGGAGGAGGAGCAGAGAACUAUCGCCCUGGCUUUCUGCACUGAGUUUCUCCAGAGUCCUUCCAUUGACACCAUCCUGACAAGAUCAGCCCUCCAGGCACAGCUCAUGGACUGGACCAAAGAUGCAAAUUCCAUCAUACGGAGGCUCAGUCUGCGAGGCCUUGGCAGUAUUGUGUUCCAGCCAGAAAAGGUGCAAUUCUUACGGGCCCAGCUGCCAGCAAUCCUGGCCAUGUUUUGUGACAGGGAUGGAAGGCGUGUCAUGGAGGCCAUGCAUAAAGCUGCAGACAUCAUCCACCUCCUCAACAGGGAGGGGCUUGGCUCCAUCUCCCAGGACAUUGCUGUCAGCCUUCGCCCCUUCAUUGAUGACGAGAAGGGCAGUGUGCGCUCAGCUGCCAUUGUACUGCUUGGCAACGUGGUGAGCAGGGUGCAGGACCCCGACAAACCCUUCGUGCAGCAGGAAAUCAUCCACUGCUUGCUCCCCCUGCUGCUGCAUCUUGAAGACCAGGAGGAGAGUGUGAAACUGUCAUGUAAACUGACGCUCUUCCGCUGCGCAGUGUUCCUCAGGUGGGCUCAUUUGAAGACCCUCUCCCACAGCUUGGCCUGGGAUGGCUCCUCACAGCUCUUGAAGUGUGUCUGGAUCUGCUUGAUGCAGAACAACGAGAGCCACAUCCCCAAAUUCCUGUUCCAGGCCUUACAGUACCUGGAAAGCUCACAGACAACAAUAAGACAUUCAGCAGCCCGAUUCAUUGGAAAUACUAUCCACCAUUACUGUGAUUUGUUGUCUGAAACAGUGAAUGAAGAUGGCAUCUCCCGCCUGUAUGAAGCUUUUCACGAAGUGCCUUUGAAAUCAGACAGGACCACGUGGUACAUCCUCAACAGAUAUUAUAAAUGGUUGCAGAAGCUUGGAAAUCUCGUGUCGGGUUCUGCAUUUGACUAGGGAACCGGGACCGACACAGACGAGCUCUUUGUCCUGCUAUGACAUCGAGAGGCCAACAGGAGCCAAUUGAGCCCACCACUGAUCCCAUCUCUUGUGAGAUGGCAAAGCAGCUUUGCAUGGGAAGGAGGAGACAGAAGAGGCCGAGCAGCAUGUGCCGGGCUGAACCAGCCACACAGAACCCCAUAGUCUAGGUGGAGAAAGCCAAGCCCCUCCCCAGCCCUGCCGGACAUGCUCCAACUGGAGCACCAGUGUGUAAGCGAGCAGCUCAGACCGCUGAAAAUGGAGAAUGCACACUGUAGGCUCCAGACCAGAAACAGCUCAAGCCCCUGACUGCAGAGCUCUGAGGCGCCGAGACCCAGCCACGUCCCUGGGGGCCUGCAGACAUGCAAGGGAGUUCGGAGACUCUGGGAGUUUCCCACGCCGGGAACCCAGAGACCCCCAGCCCAUGGCCUAGAGACAUCUCCAAGGAAGUAACCUGGGUGAACUAGCCAUUGUCAUCCGCAGUGCUGGAUCCCCACUGACUCAAUGGCAAACACAUUGGCCACGGACGAGGCCCUGGGCGAGGAGCCGGUGGAGUAACGAGGGCCUGGGUCCACCUGCCCUGGCUGCCAUCCAUCCUUUGGUGGCUGCCCACGUCCCCAUUGACCCACUAGACUGCACAGCCCCAAGAGGAGGGGCAACCAUCUUGCCUCUGAACUCUCAGCCAAACAGCCCUGCAGUGAAGGGCAGCUACACUGACUCCGGCCGUUGGGCCACACAGCAUUGAGGGAGAGAGUAACCAUAUUGUCCGUUGCUAUCGGGCCACACGGGCAUAAGAGACAGGAUAGACAUAUGGACUCUAAGCGUUGAGCCACACAGCCCCGACGGAGAGGGCAGCUGCACGGACCCUGGUCGCUGGGCCACACAGCCCCGACGGAGC